CCGCUCUCCCGCCGUCGUUGAUCUUUUCCCGCUUCAAUUGUCACUCGCUUGACUUCUCCUUCUCCUUCUCUCGUUCAGUCGUAUAUAGCUUUAUUAAUUUUUGCCCACGCUUGUUUCAAUUGGCGCCCCCCCCUUUUUUUUUCUCUGGCUGUCCAACAUCUCGUCAAUUAUUCCAGAUAUCACCACGGCGAAAUCCCCCCGCAGCCAUGUUGCUCCCCACCAUCCUCCUUGCCCUCUCAUCCAUUGCUGGGUUCGCUACCUCGCAAUCCGUCGAUCCUUCAAACAUUUCCGAAGCUAUCAGAGAGACAUGGUGCAACAAUCAGAUGAGCUCCUGUCCCUUGAUCUGCUUGCAGCUCCCGGGAACAACUGAAGACCCCGAGUCAAAUGAUUGUGACGCGGACACCCUCCAAUACUCCUGCGUUUGCAGCAACGGAAUCACCCCCAACACGUCCGAAUAUACCCUCACAAUGCCCUACUAUAUCUGCACAGAAUUCAAUAACCAAUGCGCAAAAAAUUGUGGCGACGACUCCUCCUGCGUAACUGCCUGUCGCGUGGACCACCCCUGCGGUGCCCAGAACCCCAAACGUGUCAACACCACUUCCACUGCCCCCACGGCCUCGCAGACAGGCACGCCUUCCGGAACAAAUACGGGUGGUGUCGUCUACACGGGCCUGGGCGAGGGCGCGACUUCGGCACCUAAGAAAGGGACCGCGGGACACGCUAUGGUGUUGCAUAUCGGCCAGGUGUAUGGGGCUGGUGUUCUGGUGGCUGCUUUCCUUCUAGGGUUUUCGAUGCUGGUGUAGUUGAGAAAA